UCUCUCUAUUACACUCAAGUCCACGAACGGUAGUAUCUUUGUUGCACUUGUGCAGUAAAUGGAAACUUUGGCCGAAUUUUUCUCGUAAACAAACGAAUAUUAUCAAACAAUUUGAGCGUACUUCGCUAGAUUGGAUAGUAGUGCUAUAGUGUUCGGUUUGUCCUUUGUGUUUAGAGAUUUUGUUUCCGAAAAAAACUCAGCCAAAAAUAUCUGAUAACCCCUGUUAUCAUAAAUAAUUAUAAAAUGGAAAAAAUUAAUUACAACAAUUUGUACAAUAUUCGUCGUCAAAGUUUAAUAUUUGUGCAAUUUAUUGUAUUCCGAGCACUGGGUCUAUCACCUUGGACAUUUUAUCAUUUUGAAGAAUUUUACGGUUACAAAAAAAUAAAUUACCUUAAUCUUGAAUACUGUUUAUCAUACUGGGGAUCAUCUUAUAAUAUUGUACUAAGUGCUUUUAUUAUAACAACGAACUAUCUGUACUUUUUCUCGAAUACUGAUUUCAUAGAGAACAUGCGUUCUAUGUUAUCAUCAUAUUCAUAUGCAUACAUUCAUAUUAAAAUCUAUCUGCGAGCUGCAUCAUUCACAUCAACAGCAAUUGUCCUAUGGAACUACGUUUCGCUACAGGCUAGAAUUAUUAAUUUCCUAAACCGGUUACAGCGCGUCGAUAUAAAAUUGAUAAAAGAUUCUAAGUAUGAACCGAAAAAUGCUACCGGUUUUUGUUUAAUGUUUUUUAUAAAUUUAUUUGUGUCAAUUAGCUUAAUGGUGAUGCACCCAACAACGGACUUACAACUCGAGUAUUUUUUUAAGGAUUUUUUAUAUAUGUUCACAAGUGGUUUUCCGAUUGUUUUUUAUAAUUGGAUGAUACUUCAAUAUAUAAUGAUGUUAAAUUUGACAAUGAGACGAAUUAAAAAAGUAAAUUCCUUAAUACUUGAAAUCGGAAUUGAUGAAAAUGACAAUGUGUUGAAUAAUCAAGCGUCAGAACGUGAACUUUGUUGUCUCAAAGAAGUUUAUAUGCAUUUGUGCAAAUUGCAAGAUGGCCUUGUCUCGUUCUAUGGAAUCCCGAUUUUAAUUGCUGUUAUUAAUAUCGGUGGUUUAUCGCUUUUCAUAGUUUAUAAUAUUUAUGACUUAAAUUCUCUCUAUCCACUGGGAACAAAGGACUAUGUAAUUUAUGGAAUCUGGCUAAUUUGGAUGAUUUUCUUCAUCAUUGUCGUAUUUAUUACUUUCAUCAGGGCUAAGAUAGAGGAAAAAAAGGCUAAAAAUAAUCUUUGUUCACUUUUGAGACGAUAUUCAAUGGAUGAACGAUUCAAAUAUGAGCUGGAUGAACUUUUACAUAAUCGGUGGCCGCAAGAAGUAGAUGUCAAAUUCGAUGAUUUGGUAUCAUUUGAAGAUAUUUUCCCACAAUCUGAAAGUCUUAUCAAUUAAUUUUUUACUUUGAAAUUCAAAGUUCGAAAAAAUUAAGAUAAUUAAAUCUUAAUCUUAAUUAAAAAAUUAUUAAAGUUCUAACUAUUUAUUACUUAUGUCUAUAUAUGAUACAUAUUUUUA